UUGUAAAUAUACCUUACAGUCUAUCUCACUACCGUGAGUCGAGUUAUUCACGACACUGACAAACUUCAUUCAGUAAAUAGACAAAGCCGUUUUGUUCCCCAUGGCUCACUGGCUAUUCACAAACUCACGUCUGCUUCGCGUGUUUGCUAUCGAUAGCCUUUCAGCGUUACUCGAGCGGGAAUACCUGUGGUUGUUAUGUCACUUCAUAGCAACCAGGUACACAAAUGUUAUGGUUGUGUAUUGAGUAUUUUCGUCGUUCGUUUUAACUAACCGAGAAUGGAAGUUAUGUUCCGCCACUCUCAGCCAUUCUGAAUAAGGCUGCUAUAGAAUUAGAAGAUAUGGAGGUGGUUUUGCCAUGUACUAUUCUGAUAGUACUCAUUGUGAAUGUAAAUACAUGCCUUACUGGCACCGUGAUGUUUGGAUACCAAAGUUGGAACUGCAUCAGUGUUGACAACUGUAGGAGUAGAAAUUUUGUUAUUUUUGGUAGAACGUGUAUGCGUACCUGUCCCCUUGGAACAUACCUUCUGCAAGCCAACAGUUUCUGUUAUAACCAUUGUCCACGACAUACAGUCUUAAACGGAACGGAAUGUUUAAACGGAACAUACUGUAUGUCCCAAAACAACCAGGUACUCUUCAACGGAACAUGUCAAGCAACAUGCCCUUCUUCCAUGCUGUUCAGGAAAUAUGGAACUUGUUACAGAACUUGCCCAAAUGAUACAGUUGUUAAUGGAUCAGAAUGCCUGUUUCAAGCAGAUUGUAAGAAGAAUGGGUUCGUUAAUGGCACUGCAUGCGUUGAUCAGUGCCCUCCAGAAUCCAAGUUUAUUGCGAAUGGUACCUGUCGUCCUGAAUGUCCCCCUAGGAUACCUGUGACAGCCAAUGGAACCCUCUGUCUAUCUGUUGAAGAGUGCACUGUGAAAGGAAUUGUUUUCAACAACACAUGUGUCUCAGGUUGUCCUCAUGACCAUCCAUACAACAACCAGGGCACAUGCUAUAGAGAAUGCCCCAUAGGAAAAGUUGCUCUUGGAAAUCAAUGCAUUCCGAUUGGUGAGUGUGCACAGAGGAAAAUGGUUAUGUCAGGAAACUUGUGUAUUGCUACGUGCCCGGAUGAUUUACCUCUUGAGGUUGACAACAUAUGCCUUUCCAACUGUCAUCAACACACAGUUUUAUAUAGCAAUACAUGUAUUAGUGAACACCAUUGUGUUGAUAGUUUCUCUCUUUAUAGAGUAGUGUAUAAUGGAACGUGUGUUGAUACAUGUCCAUUAGAAGCGCGCUUUAACCACCAAGGAACAUGUGGCAAUACAUGUCCACGGGGAACAGUUGUCAGUGACUUGCGAUGUAUUGAUUCCCGUCACUGUGUAAACAGUGGGAGGUAUAUUUCCAAUUGGACAUGUGUUCCAGAGUGUCCUCAGACCGCACCAUUUGUAUCAAAUGGUGUUUGUUACGAUACAUGUCCAAAUGGCUAUGUCAUAAGUGCACCAGGACAGGUACGGUGUAUAACAGAAGUAAACUGUAUCGAUCUGAAGGAACACAUUCACAAUAAUACAUGUGUAACAUCCUGUCCAAGAGAAAGUCCAUAUAUCAAUUCAAGCUACUGCUACCAAAUGUGUCCCAAUGGAACUUUAAGUUUGCCUAAUAAGCGAUGCAUUAGUCCCAUGAUAUGCAAUAAUCAAGGAUUCUUUGAACACGGAUCAAAGUGCCUUAAUGCUUGUCCACCAACGGCUCCAUAUACACUGGACAACACCUGUAUGUCUACAUGUCCAGCAAACAGUACACUGUUCCCAACAAAACGAUGUUUGACCCAACUCAGCUGUUCUUCGGAAACGGAUGCAGUCACCUACAAUGGUUCGUGCUUACCAUCAUGUCCUCAUCAUGUCCCAUAUAAACACGAUGGGAAAUGCUUCUCCUCUUGUCCACCGGGAAUGUUAAGAAAGGAAUUUGACUGUGUAAUAAAUUGUAAUGGCGGUGUCAUCUACAAUGGUUCCUGCUUACCAUCAUGUCCUCAUCAUUUCCCAUAUAAACACGAUAGGAAAUGUUUCUCCUCUUGUCCACCGGGAAUGUUAAGAAAGGAAUUUGACUGUGUAAUAAAUUGUAAUGGCGGUGUCACCUAUAAUGGUUCAUGCUUACCAUCAUGCCCUCAGAAUGCUCCAUAUAAACAUAAUCGCCAGUGCCUCUCUAAAUGCCCAACAGAUUUGAUCAGAAAAGGGUCUGAAUGUGUCAACGAACUCUUGUGUUCGGCCGGCGUUGUGUACAAGGGAGUAUGCCUGUCAGUCUGUCCUGAUGAUGCACCAUACAUGUACAAGCUUUUAUUCGCAGGCACAUGCCAUUCCGUGUGCCCAAGAAACACAGUUUUGAAUGGCUCUGUGUGUAUACUUGAACUUUUCUGCAUUGCAAAUGAGAAUGUAUUUAUCUACAAUGGCAGCUGUGUCACAGAAUGCCCACCUGGAAGUGCAAUGUUCGUCAAUCAAGUGUGCUACAAUCUCGUAAUCGACCACUGUGCCAUCAAAGUGAUACCUCCUUUGUUCUUGGUGGUGCUGGCUUUACUCGUCCUCUUGGUCUAUAAUCCUUCAAAGUCGAGGCAAAUGAAUGAACCACAGAUGCCCCUACUUGACGCCGAUAAAGAGUUGGAUAUCGAAGAGAAACAGAAAGACGUGUUCUGCGUCAAUAUACCAGCACAAGAACCAGACACAACACAUAAAUAUCACGACCAAGGACCAACAGCAGGUGUCGAAGACACACUGGCAAUGGUGGAAAUACACAACGUCUCAGAGAACAUGUUUGUUCAAGACAGAAGUUACAUGGACGACUCUGGCAUGGCAGAUACUGUGUCAAUGGCGUCCGCAACUACAUCGACAACGACACUCUGAUUCAACACAUGGGACUUGAGCAGAGCCGGGCGAAGCUCUCUGGGGAUUAUGCAACCUAAGCUGCUAUCUCAGGCGCGAGAAGGUUGGGCCUCAGUCAUCUUAAGCAUCUCAUCCUACCGGGUACCUGUAGGACACGGCAGUCAUAAACAUGGCUAGACAUAGACUUGUCACUGCUGACUACUGAUCUGGACAACAUCAAUUAACACAACAAUCAAUUGGACAUAAGUGAGUGAGUGAGUGGGUAUGGUUUUACGCCGCUUUUAGCAAUAUUCCAGCAAUAUCACGGCGGGGGACACCUGAAAUGGGCUUCACACAUUGUACCCAUGUCGGGAAUCGAACCCGGGUCUUCGGCGUGGCGAGCGAACGCUUUAACCACUAGGCUACCCGACCGCCCCAAUGGGACAUGAUGAUUUAUACACUGAUGUAGACAAUGCCCCUGUUGAACAGCGUGUAUCAAUAAAUUCGGACGCCUUUUGUUGAAUCUA